UCCCUCACGCUUCCUUUCUUCUCACUUCGGUAAAUCUCAAAGAUAAAGCAGCAGCUGAAGCCCAAUCCGUUGCGUUUAUGGCGGACUUCUAGAUUCGAUUCGACUCCCCAACGAGCUUUCUCGAUCCCUCAGUCUACCUGCAACAGUUGCGCGAUCUUUGUAGCUGUUUGGUUGGUGUUUGAAUUCGGUGCAGAUCGAAGGCGUGAUGCUACUAUUCGAUUUGUGCUGAAUUUUGGAUUGAAGGAUCUCUUAAGAGCAAUCAGUGGAAAAUUUUUCUUCCUAAGCAAGAGUUAUUAAAUAUGUGUCAUUUAAUUUCCAUGUGCAGCAAUCCUAAUUAGCUUUCCAUAAAACAAUGUGGAGAUUUAACCCAUUUACACACAAGGAGGCAGCUGGCCUUGAAGGCCGAGUUAUAGAUGUGGGCAAUCUUAAGAUAAAUGUCCAGAAGGCCAUCGCAGAAGGAGGGUUCUCUUGUGUUUACUUAGCACGUGAUGCUUUCCAUAUGUCAAAGCAAUAUGCGUUGAAGCACAUCAUAUGCAAUGAUGAUGAAUCACUUGCAUUGGCAAAGAAGGAGAUAUCUGUGAUGAAGUCACUGGUAGGACAUCCCAAUGUAGUCACACUUCAUGCUCAUACAAUAUUUGAUAUGGGUAGGACAAAAGAGGCAUUUCUUGUAAUGGAAUAUUGCGAGAAGUCUCUUGUUAGUGUGCUGGAAAGCCGAGGAGCAGGUUAUUUUGAUGAGAACCAGGUUCUCUUAAUCUUCAGGGAUGUAUGUAAUGCAGUUUUCGCUAUGCACUGCCAGUUCCCACCUAUUGCUCACCGAGACUUGAAAGCAGAGAAUCUUUUAUUAGGUUCAGAUGGUUUAUGGAAGUUGUGUGACUUUGGAAGCACUUCCACCAAUCACAAGCGUUUUGAGAAGCCAGAAGAAAUGGGAAUCGAGGAAGACAAUAUCAGGAAGUACACAACCCCUGCCUACAGGGCCCCUGAGAUGUGGGAUCUGUUCCUUAGAGAAGUCAUCAACGAGAAAGUGGACAUAUGGGCACUAGGGUGUCUCCUUUUUCGCAUAUGCUAUUUCAAAAGUGCUUUUGACGGGGAAUCAAAGCUCCAAGUCUUAAAUGGAAACUACCGCAUUCCUGAUUUGCCUAGAUACAGUUCAUCAGUCACGGAUUUAAUCAGAGACAUGCUUCAAGCUAGACCAGAUGACAGACCAGAUAUCACGCAGGUCUGGUUUCGUGUUAAUGAGCAGCUACCUAUUACUUUACAGAAGUCAUUGCCUGACAGGCCACCUGAGUUGCCUGCUUCCAACCAUCCGGAAGGUUCUUCAAUGUCCACUAAUAAAUCACACCCAGCACCUAGCAGGAAUCCACCUCCCCCGCCUUCAUCUGUAGAAUCCAAACCAACGGUCCAGGCAUCUGUUGCUUCUAGGGGUGGUGGAAAUGGGGGGCAGCUUGGUGCUUUCUGGUCCACUCAGCAUGCAAAUGAUUCAAUCGUUUCCAAGGAAAAGAGUAAACCUGUAUUUGAUGAAGAACCAUCUAGUAACAAUAACACAUUAAAGCAUGAUAGAGUUCAUCUAGAGAAUGAUCACUUACCCAAAAAUGUUGGUACUAACAAAGUGGUCAACGCACCAACUCAUUCAGUAAAAAGCAGUGUACAUGGAAAGUCACACAAGCCUGACACUGCAUCAUCCAAGGAUUUCGAAUUGAACUUUUUUAAGGAUAAAGGUCAGAUGAAUGAGAGGGGAUUGUCAAAUAUAGACAAUACAGCUACUUUUCAGGAUCAUGCUUUUAACACAUUUGUUGCAGAAUUUGAUACUGCUAAGCUCAGUCCUGGACUUAAGUCUGAAAGGGAAGAAAUAUUAGAAGCUGAGGUGGAGAAACUGAAAGGGCAGUUGAAGGAAGCAAACAUAGCCAAAGCUGAAAUCACUUCAAAGUAUGAAAAGCUUUCUGCUAUAUGCAGAUCGCAAAGGCAAGAAUUACAGGAUCUAAAACAGGCACUUGCUGCAAAAACUCCCUCGCCAAAUAGGGAGGGUAUGAGGACCUCUCCUGCACUUACAUCAUCUGCAUCCACGGUAAUACCAUUUUGUAAUUUUCGUAUCCUACUCAUUUGCCUUACUGAAAAUUUCUUUAGCCUGUACUUUCUAACCAAAGUCAUGGCAGGCUUUUCCUGAGGAACCACGACAACAAACCUCCUUUUCAGCUGACAAUACUUCAAAAUCUGUCAGGACUAGAAAUACCCAGCAGAAGCCGCAGCCUGCUCCAGUUGCUGCUAACUUCGAUUCUUGGGGUUUUGGAUCUGAUAACUUCAGUGCUGUAAGAGCUAGUACCCCACAGAUGCCAAGACCUGGUGAAGGGAGUAAUUCUCAGGCAUUUGGUGAAGCAAAGGCAUUUCAGAAGAAAUCAACUACCCCCCCUGCUGGAUGGGCUGGAUUUUAACUGUGCAGAAUGGUUGUGCUCUGAUUGCACCUAUAAUCAUUUUUACUUUGCUCCAUUAUGUUUGAUUCAUGCUGUUGGGCGUUUGUUUCUUUUCGUGGAUGAUUUUACUAAAUGGAUCUUGUUUAUCUGGACUAUAUCCAUUCUGGGGUGGAAGUAUUCAUUUCCAAUUUGCAUGAUUAUUGUAUUACUCGUGUCUCUGAAAAACUUUCGAGUCCUGAACUUGGUUUAUAAAUUUCAAUGAUUAUAUUAGCUGA